AGAAAAAUAUUCCUCCAAAAAAAAAAAAUCCAAUUCUCUACAAAUGGUGGAAACGUCCGAGCAAAUCCGGCCGCUCGCCCCUGCCUCGGAGCGCCCCACCAGCAGCGACGACGAGGCCGGCGCCACCGCCGUCGGCGGCGGCCGCCGCAGGCGGCAGCAACUGCUCCGCUGCUGCGGCUGCUGCGGCGCGGUCGUCCUCCUCCAGGCCGUCGUGAUCGUGAUCCUGAUCUUCACCGUGUUCAAGGUGAAGGAUCCGGUGAUCCGGCUGAACGGCGUGACGGUGGACCGGCUGGAUCUGAUCAACGGCACCGCCACGCCGCGGCCGGGCAGCAACAUGUCGCUGACCGCCGACGUGUCGGUGAAGAACCCCAACUUCGCGUCGUUCCGGUACCCGGAGACGACGUCGGCGCUGUUCUACCGCGGCGCGGCGAUCGGCGAGGCGCGCGGCCCCGCGGGGCGGGCGCGCGCGCGGCGCACGGCGAGGAUGAACGUGACGGUGGAGGUGAUCGCGGAUCGGGUGCUGGCGCAGCCGGAUCUCGGGUCGGAUAUCAACUCGGGGCUCCUGACGCUGGGCAGCUACACGGAGGUUGGCGGGAAGGUGAAGAUCCUGAUGGUGAAGAAGCACGUGAGGGUCACGAUGAACUGCUCGUUGACGGUCAACGUCACCAGCCAGGCUAUACAGGGGCAGAAGUGUAAGCGGAAGGUCAAAUUCUAGUCAGAGUAUAUUAUUUGCUGUGUGAUUCUAUAUUUUAAUUUAAUUUUGUUUACUAUGUAUAUAUAGGUGAUCGGUUCUGAUAUAUACACACACAUGCUUUUUUUUUUGGUUAGCGAGUUAGAUUGGAAUGAUAGAAUUCCAUUUAUAUGAAAUAGGAGAGUUUUAAUUUGAUUUUAUCGGGUUUUCAUGCAUGUACGUAUCUUUUUAUUAAGCAAAUUAAUACAGCCCUUGAUUUACUGUU